CACUCUACACGCCGUCCCAUCCGAGUUCCCCCCUUUUGCAACCUCCGUUCUUCUGCUCGGAGUUGCGGCGCCGAUCAACAGCGCCGAGGUAUUGAUCUUUGUUUGGUGGUCAACUAUGCCUGUCUGCUGAAUUACGCACCAUGGCUGCCGAACAUCGUCCAUCCUAUCCUCCCUCUACGGCCGACACGGCGGCUCCCGAUCCUCCUUACCCUGCUGUACGGCGUUCGUCUCGCCAGGGCAAUCAGUCCAUUGGGCAGAGCGACCGGUUUGAGAGAGCUUCUGUUGCCGCUGUGCGGCCGCCGACGUCGCCAGCACCUUCGUACGGUCCUGUUCGUCGCAAGCCUCUCCCCUCUACUGCCUCACCAUUAGCUACGGGCCUCUCCUCUCCCACUUUUGCUGAAUAUUCGGGGCCCGGCGAACGUAUUGGUGCCAUUGCGACUGCUCGUCCAUUUUCUAUUGAGAGUUUGCAAUCUCGACCAUCAUCGAAUACUACUCCAGCUUGGGAAUCACAGCCUCGAAACCCUGACAGACUUGCUCAUGGCCCAACUCCACAACCUGGCUUGCCUCUAAACACUUCUGAGAGAGACUCGAGCUCUUUUGGAACAGAGCAAGAAGGUCACUUUGCGAAUAGCAACUACUCAAGGAGCCCUCAAGCACGGCCCAGCUAUGUUCGAUUAGGGAGCGAUACCAUCAUAGCAUCGAUCACAAGCUCAUCGUCAGGCAAGCAGCAGGAACGCGCACGGGCUGGUGGUGGUAGUCGAGGUCGUUCGGCUACUAUGUCGUUGAAAUCGUCUCAUCAGUCGCCCCAGGUGCAAUUGCAACUUGAUACGCAGUCACACUCUCGAGACUUCUCAGAGCAGCUUCAUGAUCAAUACGACGAAUCUAUCAACGCCUCUAAGCCAAAGUCUCCGGGGCAACGUUUUACCUCCCUCUUCGGCUGGGGAGCCACAUCCCCCGGGGCCGAGUCUUCGGUCACGACGUUUUCGGAUCGCAGCCCCUCCCCGCUGCCUUCACCAUAUUCCUUGAGUUCGGCAGAAGACGGCGUUCAUAGACCCGGUCGCACACCACCCCCGCAUGCCAUUGACGUUUCUCGAGCAAACGCUGACUCAACCCCAUCAUCUGUUGCCGCUCCGACCAUGGCUCGACUGCCCCUUACGCCCGCCAUGUCUCCGCAGCUCACCGAAAUGGAGGAUGAGCUUCGCCAGAUUAGUGCCGAGCUGGCGGCAUCCAUCAAGCGGGAGAUGGAUCUGGAGGAUAUGGUGGAGCGCCUGCAGACCGAGGUAGUACCAGCGCCUGCGGCAGAUUUCAAUCGACGUACGAGCGAUUACUUUUCGGAUUCCGGCACGAGCUCUGUACGGUAUCCGCUUGGGGAUAGCGAAGCCAAGAUUGAAGCUUUGGAAAGGACACAGAGGAGAGUCGAGCAGGAAAAGGCAAUGCUGCAAGCUGACUUCUCGCACAAGAUUCAAGAUGAACGUGCUCAGCGAAGUCGAUUGGAGAAGGAAAUCUGGAGCCUGCAGGAACAGGCCAGCCAGAAUCAACAUUCGCGCUCCGACAAAACGGUCACCCGCGUCGAGGAUCUUGAAGCUUCUCUGGAGGAUGUUCGUCGGCGUCUCGCCGAGGAGCGUCUGGUCAAAGAAAACUUUGAGGAUCUUGUCUCUGCUCUUCGCGAAGAAUUAGAAGGCCAUCGGAACGAACGAGACAACCUGCGUGAGGAAAUUGUCCCGUCACUAAAGUCGCAGGUCGAAGGGCUCGAGGCCGCUGUAGCUGAAUCACAAAAAUUAGCAUACGAAUAUACUCGCAUGCAACAAGAAAUGCAAUCGCUCAAAGAAGAAAACAUCGCACUUUCUGAUGCGAAGCACAUGCAGUCGGACCUUCACGAGCAACAGCAGCGACAGCACCAGCAAGCUCUCCAGGCUCUGGAGCAAGAAAAGAAAACUCUAAUUGACGAGAAUGGGACACAUGUUGAUUUGAAGUACGAGCUAGAACGGUAUCAGGGAGAGCUCCAAUCAUUGCGAGAAGAAAAUUUGGCGCUGUCGAAUGCAGGCAAGACAGUUCAAGAGGGCGCAUCUCGAAGCCCGGACGAAGACGGCGAAAAUAUUCUGCUAGCCUUGGAUGCCGAGGAAGAUGCGGUUGCUGUUUCUUCGGAGAAGCUUCAUUCUGAUCUCGUGCAAAGGUUAGAACACCAUGAACAGGAGCUACAGGCUCUAAGGGAGGAGAACGAGGAUCUGAGAGAGUCUCGAGUUCGACUCCAGCGGGAGCACGAAGAAGCUUUGUACUCUUUCCGGGAGGAGAUUGAAGCCCUCACCAUGCUCCGCGAAACGAACACGAACUUGCAAGAGCAGCUCGAGCAACAGCAGCUGGAGCUGCGGUCCGUAAGAGAAGAGAAUGAAGCACUCACGGUUGCGAGCGAAACACAUACGUCUGUGCACGAACAGCUCCAGCGGCAGCAACAAGAGCUCGACGCACUUCAGGAGGAAAAACAAGCUCUCAUUAGCGCCAAGGAAGCUUUUACGCCUUCCGACCAUACCGAGGCGCUUACUUUAGCAGAGCAGAUGCAAGAGACUUUGCAGGGCCAACUCCACCAACAAGAACAGGAAUUGCAGAUGCUUAAAGAAGAAAAGUUGGCUUUUGAGGAAGCCAGGGACGCGCGCUCAUUGCCAGAUCAUCUCGACGCGCUCGAGGUAGCAAGAGAGCUACAAUUGCAAUUAGAGAAGCAACUUCAGCAGCAGCAGCGUGAGCAGGAGCUUCUUAAAGACCAAAAUGAGGCUCUUCUGGCAGCAAAGGAUAGAGAGCUCGAUCUUCAACAGCAACAGUACCAACGGCAGCAUGCGGAAUUGAGAUCUCUUCAGGAAGAGCACAAGAUUUUGGCCAACGCAAAGAGAACGCGGGCAGAGAGUCUCCAGCAAACGCAGAGCUCGUCAGCGCAACGCUCAUCUAUCAACUCGAUUGCUGAAGAAGGCUUUUCACAAGCUGACCUUCAUCGAUCCCGGAUGGGUCUGACGCGAUCGAACUCGCUCGCACGAGGUACUGUCGCUGGCAGCAGAGCCCCGACGAAACGGUCCAGCUCGUUGACACGGUCCAGCUCUGUACGUGAACAGGAGCCUCGCGAGGCCGCGAAUGAACGAGUCAAGGACGUUGAAGCUCAAAGGGAUGCCCUCCACGAGGCCUUGAAGAGCAUGAUUCAGAGACAAGAAUAUCAAGCAUCACAAUCCCAAAAGCGUAUUAGAGCACUCGAAAUGGAGCGAGAUCGCGCUUUAUCGGGAUCAUUCCGCCGUCGCGCGUACCACCAGGAAGUUUCUGUGGUUCGUCGCGAGAUCAAUCAGCUUCGCAGACGAGCCGAUGAUGCACUCGAACAAAAGUGGCAGUGUGAGAAGGGAUUAAGCGGAAUCAAGAUUGAUCUCGACCGGGCUGAGCAAGAGACGGGCACCCUACGCUUGCUCUUGCAGGAGCAAGACAUUCUCAACCCUGAACAAAAUGCGAAGUCCGCGACCCUUGACGAGAGCCAGCAGGGUUCUGCUGAGGAGGAUGUGGACAUUGUUGCUUCGAGUCAAGCAACAUCGGCUUCUCUCGAAAAGGCGUAUCGGGAACUGCAGACGACCCAUGCGCUCUCCGUAGCUCGUAUUCGAGAACUCCACGGCGAUGCGCCCUUGGCUACGGCCAGCGAGGAGGCUGCGAAUACAAUGGAUCUUUUGUUACGAAGCAUUUCAGAUGCAGAGGCGGAAAGGGACCUAGCACAAAGACAAGCCGAAGCCUAUCGCCUUCAUGCCGAGUCACUUGAGGAGGCUGAGAGGGGAUAUAUGGGCGAAGAGCAAUCACUGGCUACGCAGCUCCGAGACUCUGCUCGGCGCGUCGAAGAGCUCUCUAUUCAAAUUCGGCAGCAACUUGAUUCAAACAACAAUCUCCGACAACGCCUGGCCGACGCCGUUGGCCGCGGCGAAUAUGCCCAGAAGGCCUCGGCGGCGAGAAUCACCGAAGUGCAGGACAAGCUCAAAACCCUCGAAGACAAGGUCAUGUCGGCGCAGCAUCAUUCCGAGGAGAUAAUCACUCAGCACGAAGACGAGGUGCGCGAACUCAAUGAGACGCAUCGUGUUCAAAUGCAGCUCAUCAAGGCCGGCCUUUUGACCCCAUCCAAGUUUUCUCCCACGAUGCCUGUAUCGCCGUUGUUCUUGACAAAGUCCCCCAAGUUAGAUAUUACAACGAGUGGGCUCGGUAUUACCAUGGCGGAAGCUACGAAAGCCGAUUCCUUGGAGAAGCGAGUUCGCGAGUUAGAAAAAGCCUUGGGGGAUGCGGAUCGCGAGAUGGAGGAAGUAGUCGGCCGGAUGAAUAUGGCUCAGAUUGAAGUCGCCGAAUUGCAAACGGCAAGGGACGAAGCUAUGAGACAGACUAGACGACUGCAGGCUCAGAUCGUCACUGAACGGGAGCGGUUCAAAGAUUUGAUAAAAUAAUACACUACCUCUUCUCCCAAUUAAUUCACCGCAUCUCUUGGGAUCGACUUUUGCGGAUAUAUAAACCCACGUUUGCAUGUCAUUACGCCCGUUUCUGACUGCAGGGCGGUUAUUUUGUUCUCCUUGAAUUUUCGUCCGCUGCAUUUGUGGAAGUUAUCAAGCAUGUCAUUGGCGACUUUGAAAAAUUUGGCCAUUUUUCCCGGCUCAGCGGUCUUUU